GCUCCAUGUGCGCAUGUGCGAACUGUGGAGACAGGAAACACUCACCUCAGUCAAGAUGGCCUCGUCCAUGAGUGGGAUGUUUCCCGGCCAGCAACCGCCCGGUGCACUUAAUGUCGGGGGUCCCGGUGGACCGGGUCAACCUGGCUUCCCCGGUGCCGCCGCCAGGCCCCACGGAAACAACACGCUGGUGGAUGAACUGGAGGCUUCCUUCGAGGCUUGUUUUGCAUCCCUGGUAAGCCAGGACUAUGUUAAUGGAACGGACCAGGAGGAGAUACGAACUGGGGUGGACCAGUGCAUACAAAAGUUCCUGGAUGUGGCUCGGCAAACGGAGUGCUUCUUUUUACAGAAAAGGCUUCAGCUUUCUGUGCAGAAACCAGAGCAGGUGGUGAAAGAGGAUGUGUCAGAGUUGCGUAAUGAACUGCAGAGGAAAGAAAUGCUGGUUCAGAAGCACUUGACCAAGCUGCACCACUGGCAACAAGUGCUGGAGGACGUGAGCCUUCAGCAUCGCAAACCGUCAGACCUUCCCCCUCCCGGACCGCUGGCCUUUCUGGAGCAGGCCUCCGCGAGUCUGCCCCCCGCUCCUUUAAAACCAAACUAACACAAUAAAGGUGCAGUCACGUUAGUAGAAACUUCCCCACGCCCAGGCUGAAUAAUUAAGAAUGUUUCUCCACAUAACAGUGUUCACAUCUGUAAGGUUGAUGUUCUGACCUGAGCGUGUGCCACAGCUGGUUGGAGGCUAAAACAGGAAAUGCAUUCAUCUGGGUUUAUUUGAAGUAAAUGGGAGGAACAAUAGAGACUUGUGGGACAGAAGUGUAUUUGAAAACCUCACGUGUUGCCCACUGCUGAUAUCUGACACAGCUGAGGAUCAGUUUGCUGCCAGGAAAUAAUGGCAUAGUUUUAUUAUUUCUUCUGUAUUUUGAUUUGUGUAAAUAUUUCCAUUGCUCACUUUUUUACUGUAAAAAUAAAAUUUGUGUAUUUUGAA